UGUGGGGAGAUAAGCAAAACAAAUGAUUGGGUCAAUGAUUUUUAUUCAGCUUCCGCCGUGGGUUCUUAUCUGUGAUUACAGUGUCCGAAAUUCUAAUUUCUAAACUAGCAAUAGUUUGCUUCGGACACUGAACGCAACAGGUUGAAAAAAUGGCUGUUCUUAUUUUAAUUUUCUUGGUGCUAGUCUCAGCGGCGUAUGUGGCGUACAUUAUCCUUAAGAAAGGCAUCAAUCCAAGGGACAUUCGCAUACACAGUCUACAGGAUGCCAAAAAAUUACUUCAGCUACCACCAAGUGGGGCCGGGCCCCACAGAUACUUGGAAAAAAGGGCUUGAAGGGGCUGCGUUUGUUUUCAUUG